UGUGCGGACAACUUUGCAGGUCGGUGGUAGCAGCGAGGUAGUGAUAAAAAAAGGCCUGAAUCCAAGGCCGCUGAUGCACUUUGCCAACUGACUGAUACAAGCGUUUAGAUAAGAUGGUGCGCGUGGUUCUGAUCUCGGUGAUCCUUGGAUUGGCUGCGUGCCAAAACAAUGAAAGAGAUGCGGCCGUCAACAGACUGUUUUCCACAGCAAAACCCACCUUCGACGAGCUCUAUGAGGAGAAGACGGAAAAGCCGCCAGAAAGCUUCGGGGCAAUACAGAAAUGCGGUGAGGGUACCGAUCGGGGUGUGCGUGUUUGCGUACCGUACUACAGGUGCGAUGGGACCACAAAUACAGUCAUCCCAGAUUCGGAGAAGCCUGAUGAGCACAAGGCCACAGAUGGAGCUGGUCUGAUUGACGUAAGAUUUGGAGCAAACAGCUGUCAGCACUACCUCGAUGUCUGUUGUAAGGUUGGCGAUGGCAACGUUCCUAAUCCGUCCGACAACGACAAUAGGAAUCCAACCACAGACGUUCCUGUACCUAAUCCUUUCCCGGACACUACAAGUACAACACCGUCAUCUCCUCCGGUUAGUUUGGGCUGUGGCGUCAGGAACACAAACGGUGUUGACUUCAAAAUCACCGGUAACUACGACAAUGAAGCAGAAUAUGGGGAGUUCCCCUGGAUGGUGGCGAUCCUCAGAUCUAACUAUAAUCCAAGUGUUGACAAGAAUCUGGCCAUUUGCGGCGGUUCGCUCAUUGGACCCAAUGUUAUUUUGACUGGAGCACAUUGUGUAUACAAUUACAAAAUAAACGAUUUGAUAGUCAGAGCAGGAGAAUGGGAUACACAGACUGAAAAAGAAAGACUUCCUUACCAGGAAAGAAGGGUAGCGAAAAUCAUUUUACAUCAGGACUUCCAUCCAAAAACUGUAGUGAACGAUGUUGCUCUGUUGAUCCUGGAAAGUCCCUUUAAAUAUCAAGAACACAUAGCUCCAGUUUGUUUACCACAAUCGUCUGAAAUCCUUAACUCUGGAAGGUGCUUCGUCACUGGAUGGGGCAAGGAUAUUUUUGGACAAGAAGGAAGAUACUCCGCUAUUUUGAAGAAGAUUGAACUUCCGAUUGUUCCGUUUGAUCAAUGUCAAUCGCUUUUGAGAACGACCAGGUUGGGCAGUCAUUUCCAACUUCAUAAUAGUUUUAUGUGUGCCGGUGGUGAAGCUGGAAAAGAUGCCUGCACGGGUGAUGGUGGAAGUCCACUGGUUUGUCCCGAUCCUGGAAAUCCAAGACGUUACAUUCAGGUGGGAAUAGUCGCUUGGGGAAUUGGUUGUGGUGAAGAAAAAAUCCCUGGUGUCUACGCUAAUGUGGCCAAGUUUAGAAACUGGAUAGAUGAAAAUCUUCAGCAACUCAACAUAGGUUCUAGCUCGUAUACAAAUUAAUUUUAGUAUUAUUUAAUGAAAAUAAAGACCAAAUACUCAUUUUUUUAAA